AUGUUUGGGUUUUGUUGUAAGAGAUUGCAAUUAUUAGUUCCAAGCUGUAGCACCAUUUCUGUUGAUUCUUCAGUGACCCAUUUUCCAAAGGCAUCUCCUUUUAGCAGAUCAUAUUCAUCAUUAUUAGGAUCUGCAAUAGAUGAUAAACCCCAAGGUCGCUCUUUUACAGUUUCAUAUCUUAUAAACUCAUGUGGGUUGUCCCCAGAACUUGCUCUCUCUUUGUCCAAGAAGCGAGGAGUGCACUUCAAAUCCCGAGAAAAACCAGACUCGGUCAUUAAGCUUCUGAAACACUAUGGAUUCAGUGAUACCCAUGUCUCCCAAAUUGUUAAGAAACUCCCAACCCUUCUCUUAGUCAAUGCUAAAAAGACCCUUGUCCCCAAACUUGAGUUUCUUGGUUCCAUUGGAAUUACAGGCACUGACCUUACUCGGCUCGUUUGCGGCAGCCCAAAUGUUUUGUCCUAUAGCCUCGACAAUAAUCUCAGGCCUUGUUACGAUGUCAUCAGAACUCUACCUAUCGGUGACGAAAAGGUUGGUCUCUUCAUGAGGAAUUCGUGUCGGAUACUGAAUGUCAAAGCACUAAGCAAUGCUGCUAGCAAUGUGUCAUUUCUGAGAUCACUUCAAGUGCCAGAAUCCUCAAUCACUUUGUGUGCCCUCUAUUAUCUUAUUGCAGUAUCCCGCGACACUGCCAAGUUUAGGGAUUAUGUAGGGAAGGUCAUCAGUAUGGGAUUUAUCCCUUCAUCCACAACCUUUGUGAGAGCCGUGUAUGUGAUUUCUAUGAUGAAUGGAUCAAAAUGGGCACAAAGGGUGGGAUUUUACAGGAAGUGGGGUUGGGCUGAAGAUGAUGUACUGUCUGCGUUUAGAAAGAGUCCCACGUUUAUGUUCUUGAGUGAGGAGAAUGUUUCCAUUAAAUUGGAUUUUUAUUUGAACAAAAUGGGUUGGCAGCCAGCCAAUGUAGCUCAACAUCCCGCUGUUCUAACUUAUAGUUUGGAGAAGUGGAUCAUACCUAGGUGUUCGGUUAUUAGAAUUCUGCUGUUGAAGGGCUUAAUAAGGAAGGGAGAAUAUUCUAUUGCUUCCAUGAUGUUCAGAAGAGACCAGUUCUUGGAUAGGUUUGUGAACAAGUAUCAAGAGGAAGUACCUGAAUUAUUGAGCAUCUAUCAAGGGAAAAUUGGUCUAGCGGAACUGGGCUUAGGAUUUGAGGAAAAAGAAGGAGUGAAAGAAGUGUAG